AUGCCCAAAAAGGAGAUCACUCCCGAGAACCUGCUGCUCUCCGCCUCCCUGGCAGGCGACACGUCAACCGUGCAGACGCUCAUCAGCAGCGGAGUGUCGGUGAACGCCAAGGGGGAGAAGGACUACACGGCCCUGCACAACGCGACCAGGAACGGGCACACGGCUCUUGUUAACAUGCUAGUGUCAUGCAAGGCUGACGUGAACGCGAAAACCAACGCAAAGAACACCCCACUGCAUCUCGCCUCGAUCUUCGGCCACACGGGAGCAGGUGAGGUCUUGAUCAAGGCAGGCUCCGAGCUCAUGGCAAGGAACAACGUCGGCAUCAUGCCCCUCCAUGCUGCGUCCCUGGGAGGCUACACCAGCAUGGGGAAGCUGCUGCUGGAGAGCGGGGCGGAGAUUGAUGCAAAGGACACGUACUGGACGGCGCUACACAACGCGUCUAGGGGAGGACACUAUGAGUUUGUUGAGCUGCUGCUGGAGCGAUCGGCUAACGUGAACGUGAGGGGGUUGGAAGGGAACACUCCGCUGCAUCACGCAGCACUGGAAGGGCAUUUGAAAGUGACUCAGACGCUCAUGGGAUCGGGAGGAGACGUGAACCUGAUGAACGACCACAAGCUGACCCCGUGA